CGAUUGGAGAGAAUGGGUAUGAUUAGUGACUUACCUGACCAGAUGCUCCUUCAGAUUCUCUCGUGGCUUCCAACAACCGAAGUGGUGGCCACAAUGCUUUUGUCCAAACAGUGGAAGUUUCUUUGGAAGCAAGUGCCAAAACUUUAUUAUAAUUAUAGCGAACACGAGGGCAAAGACUUUUCAGAAUUCGUGAGCAGGUCUUUGCAGUUACAUGUGGCUCCAAGUUUAAAAAGUCUCAAGUUAUCGAUAAGCCCUUAUUGCGACUCGAGGGAUGUUACAAAUUGGAUUGAUUUAGCAGUUUCGCGGUUUGUGCUUGAGCUUGAAAUCGACCUUACCGCCGCUCAAAACCCGAUGAUCACGGCUCUUCCAAAGAGUAUGUACACUUGCGGGACACUAAGUUGUUUGAGGCUAAAGGCUCUUGUACUCGAUGAUAUACCUGAAGACUAUCCAAUCUGUCUUUCAUCACUUAAUUAUAUGUACCUCUCCGUGUCAAUUCAAGUGUCGGCUGACAAAUUUAUUGGCAAGCUCUCUGCUGGUGCUCCUCUUCUCAAAAAGACAGUGGUGCAAGGUCCUGUCUAUGGUGAUCAGUUUCUUGAUUCUAUGACAAGUUAUAGCGAGCUGAAGAGCUUUACAACGUGCUUAUCAGAGUGGGGUCCCACCGUAGACUCUUACUUUAAUAAGCUUGAGCAUUUGUGUAUGUGCACCUGUUCCUCUGGAUGGUGGGAUUUGUUAAUCAAUUUUCUUCAACGUUCCCCUAUAUUACGCCAACUCCAGCUAAUCAAGUCUUGCAACUCGCGGCCUCUGUCUUCUGGGAAUCAGCCAGGUUUUACUAGUACUACUCAUGUUCCGGAAUGUUUGUCAACAACGCUUCAAACCUUGGAGUGGAGAGAUUAUGCAGAAACUGAAUUUGACAUGCCGGUGGCCUCUUUUCUCCUUAAGAACGCUACACGUUUAUCCGAGGCCAAGAUCUUCCUCGAAUACGCUGCCGGUCCGAUUGAGAAGCUUAGAAUCCGCACUGCCCUUGCCAAGUUAUCUAGAGGUUCACCUACAUGCCAUCUUAACACCGGGAAUUAAAUUUCAAAAUUCAUUAUAUUUUCUUAAUGUUUUUAGAGAGUUCAUCGUCUCUCCACAUAGGAUUCUUUUGCUAUAUUCAUGUUGGGUUUUUUGUCCUAU